UCAACCCAGUUUGUUUUGUUUUGAAUUUUGUUCAGACUUUUUUGUUGGUCUGUUUUGUAUUGGAUGUUACAGUUUAAUUUUGAUUUUUUGGUUUGUUUGUCUACUUUUAUUUCACCCUACUAUGGAUAGACAACCAGUUUUAAUCGAUGAUCCUUUUGUUAAACAUCUUUUUGAAAAUUUGCGUGGAGAUGGCCAGACUUUCUUUCAAAGUUUACUAAAUUGCAGUGAAAAUUUAGAAAUCUUAACAAAAUUGGUUUCACUUUUAAUGACCGAUGGUAACCAGUAUCGUAAAGGAUGUUUAAUAACGUUGAUUACCGAGAAAAGUAUUGAGAUUUGUGGAAAAUUUGACAAGAAAAGAUCCCUAGAGCAGUUGAGGCAACGAGCUAAGGAAUUGGCCGAAGCAACAGACCAAGAAAAGGAACAAUAUGAACGGAACAUGGCCUUCAAGAAGAAAGAAGUUGACUUUACCAGGAAAUGUGAAACCAGCCAGUUAUUUUACGACAACAAGAUGAGUGAAUAUUAUAAACAAAUCAAGCAGCUUGAAAAUCUGUUAGUGAAUGUUGGAUUUUACGAUGAACUGGGCGAAGAAUCAAUCAACGAGUUAGCCAAAGAUAACUUGCGACUAAAAGACAAGAUAAAAGAAACGGAUGACAAAUUAGCUUCGUACACUUUCGAUCCAGACGAGGAAUCCCUAAAAAAAGCCAUAGAAGAGUUGAAAAAUGAAAUAGAGAUAAUGCAUGAAGACCUUGAAAAAGUGAUCGAAAGCAUUUGAAUGUAAAGUUCCAAAUCAAAGUCAAGUGUGAAUAUUUCAUGAGACACUGAUAAAUCAAUAAAUUGUCCUCAUUUUCACCAAAAAAUAAAAAGAAUUUGUCAGAA